AUGAUCUUAACUGUGCCAUACAUGCAGACCCUUCAAUACUACGGAGUUGAUGGACUCCUCCCAUACGUUGCACCCAAGCGUCUGCUCGACAAGCGCGCGUCCCACAUCCAGAUAUCCCAAGCCAAGCUCCAGUGCCGUUUGCAGAAAGUGAGCAAUGCCCUAGCUGAACCAGAAGGCAAGGCAAUGUCACCGGGAGAAUUGCAAACACUGGCACAGAUACUUAUUGUUGGUGGAAAUGAAACCACAGCGACAACGCUCUCUGCCGCGACGCAUUUCCCUUUGCAGAAUCCACGGGCAUACGAUAAACUGUCGAAGGGGACCAGGGGCUCAUUCUCUUCCGAAAAGGAUAUCUCGCUCAUCAUGGUUAGCCAGUUGAAGUAUCUGCCUGCUGUGUUGGAAGAGGGUCUACGUAUGUUCCCCCCUGUGCCGGCGAGUUUGCCUCGCGUCGCCCCAGGAAGGGAGAAGAUAUUGAUGGAAGAUUUAUUCCAGGGGGAAGCGUCGUCGGCGUCUCCCAAUUCGCAGCCUGCCACUCGUCCAAAAACUUCAGACCCCUUCAGCUUCGUCCCCCAGUGCUGGGCUCCUAAGACGCCAGAGUAA